AAAGAUUAGCAGCAAUAUUUACAAUGUCUGACGAUGACUGUGAUAUUUUCUAUGUGCCAAAGCGGGCAGAUGCAAAUAAAUUAUUUAUGCCAAAUGAGGAGGGGGAGGAAACCGAUUACGAUUUUAUUGAUGUAAAUCCAAUUAUCAAGAAACCCACUAAAGUGACAAAGCUCAAGCAGGUGCCGGUGGAGAAGCCAAGUGCCACAAAUCGUAAAACCCGCAAAACCAAAGAUCAUGAUGAGCAAAAACCGGCAGGUAAAACUUCAUCGAAGGAAGAGGAAGCAGCAGUGUCGCCACCUAUGCGACGUGAUUUGUCGCCCUUUUCGCAAAUGAUAUUGGAAAUGGAGAAGAAGAAACUUCCAAAAGAGACAAUACAAUCUGACAUUGAUGAUGCUCUAGCGGAAAUGCCCGUGGCGCGACGAACUCGAGCGGGAAGACGAAGUUUGAAUGCCCCACCUCCAGAUGGGAUUGAACCAUCACCACCAAAAAAACAACGUGCUAGCCGUGAAAAAAGGAAGUCAACAACAACAGCAACACAAACACAAGCGAAAACAAUUCCCGACAUGUUUCUAGCUGGAUCUAGAGGGAAUCGUCAUCAGGUGACGGACACCAUUGAUAUGGUCACAGCUGUUAACUUGGAUUCCGAUGUCGAGAACUUGCCGCCACCUCAAUUGGUAGAAACUAGUGCAAAAGAAACAAACAAUUACAAUUUUGAUAAUCCAGAAAUUGAUGUUAAUCUCAGCUGGCAGGGCGAAAUUCAAAUGUAUAAAUUGCGGAAAUUUCAAAAAUUUGCGCACUUGUUUAAAGAGAUCUCCGAGCGCAAUAAUGUGCCAGUUGAUGACAUUGUCAUCAAUAUGGAUACUAAUUUCAUAAAACCGCAGCAAACACCUCAAGAUGUCGGCCUCAAAGUUUACCACAUAUUAAGUGGUUGCGCAUUUCCAUCCGGCAACAACUACCGAGCUGAGCCAACAAAAUAUGUUGAUCUUUAUACGAAGCCAAAGAAAUUCCAAUUGAAAGUCCAGGGAGAUCGUUGGAAAAGACCUUUGAUAAUUCUUAUGAAUAAAACGGAAGCAUUCAAAGUAUUGUACAUUAAGGUCGCUGAGGAUUUGGAUUGCUAUGUUGACGAUUUUAAACUAUUGUAAGUUCUGAACACUUUUCAAU